AUGUCCGAGCUACGAUUUGAUAACCAAACGGUGGUCGUCACCGGUGCCGGUGGUGGUCUGGGGAAGGCAUAUGCUCUCUUCUUCGCCUCAAGGGGCGCAAAUGUCGUCGUCAACGACCUCGGCGGCUCUCACAAGGGUGAGGGCAAGUCAGGAAAGGCCGCAGAUGAUGUCGUCGAAGAGAUCCGGGCCGCCGGCGGUAAGGCGGUCGCCAACUACGACAGCGUCGAGAACGGUGAAGCCAUUAUCGAGACCGCUAUUAAGAACUUCGGCCGUAUCGAUAUCCUCCUCAACAAUGCCGGUAUCCUCCGCGACAUCAGCUUCAAGAACAUGAAGGAUGCCGACUGGGAUCUGAUCAACCGAGUUCACACCUACGGUGCAUAUAAGUGCGCAAGAGCCGCAUGGCCUCACUUCCGUAAGCAGAAGUACGGUCGUGUCAUCAACACGGCCUCGGCUGCUGGUCUCUUUGGUAGCUUCGGCCAGGCCAACUACUCCGCUGCCAAGCUCGGACAGGUUGGUUUCACUGAGACUCUGGCUAAGGAGGGUGCCAAGUACAACAUUAUUGCCAACGUUAUUGCUCCCAUCGCUGCCAGCCGUAUGACCGCAACUGUCAUGCCCCCCGAUGUCCUCGAGAACCUUAAGCCCGACUGGGUUGUCCCUCUGGUCGCUUCCCUUGUGCACUCUUCUAACACCACUGAGACUGGUGGUAUCUACGAAGUCGGCGGUGGUCACGUUGCCAAGCUCCGCUGGGAGCGAGCCAAGGGUGCUCUUCUCAAGACUGAUGCUUCCCUGACUCCUGGUGCCCUCGCCCGCAAGUGGAACGAUGUCAACGAUUUCUCUAAGCCCGAAUACCCCACUGGCCCUGCCGACUUCAUGAGCUUCUUGGAGGACGGCCUUAAGAUGCCCAGCGCCGCCGCUGGCGAGGAGCCCGACUUCAAGGGCCGUGUUGCCCUGGUCACUGGUGGUGGUGCCGGUCUCGGCCGCGCAUACUGCUUGCAGUUCGCCAAGCUUGGUGCCUCCGUCGUUGUCAACGAUCUCGUCGACCCCGAGCCUGUCGUCCAGGAGAUCAAGGCUCUUGGCGGUAAGGCCGUUGGCAACAAGGCCAACUGCGAGGAUGGCGACGCUGUUGUCAAGAGCGCCAUCGAUGCCUUUGGCCGCAUUGAUAUCUUGGUCAACAACGCCGGUAUUCUGCGCGACAAGGCUUUCACCAACAUGGACGAUAACCUGUGGAACUCCGUUGUCAACGUCCACCUCCGUGGUACCUACAAGGUGACCAAGGCCGCCUGGCCUUACUUCCUCAAGCAGAAGUACGGUCGUGUUGUCAACACUGCCAGCACCAGCGGUAUCUACGGCAACUUCGGCCAAGCUAACUACGCUGCGGCCAAGCUCGGAAUCCUCGGUCUCUCCCGCACUCUCGCUAUGGAGGGUGCUAAGUACAACAUCAAGGUCAACACCAUUGCUCCUAAUGCUGGUACCAACAUGACCCGUACUAUUAUGCCCGAGGAGAUGGUCCAGGCCUUCAAGCCUGACUACGUUGCUCCUCUUGUUGUCCUGCUCUGCUCUGAUAUGGCUCCUGAGCCCUCGACCAAGGGUCUGUUCGAGUGUGGUAGCGGUUGGUUCGGCCGUACCCGCUGGCAGCGCUCCGGCGGUCACGGAUUCCCCGUGGACGUCAAGCUGACCCCCGAGGAGGUCCGCCGCAACUGGAAGCAGAUCACCAACUUCGAGGAUGGCCGUGCUGACCACCCCGAGGAUGGCCAGGCUGGCGCCGAGAAGAUCAUGGCUAACAUGUCCAACCGUGUUCACGGUGAUGCGGGCGAGAGCGACAUCCUCAAGAACAUCGAGAAGGCCAAGGCUCUCUCCACCGAGGGUACUGCUUUCGACUACGAGGACCGCGAUGUCAUCCUCUACAACCUUAGCUUGGGUGCCAAGCGCACCGACUUGCCUCUGGUUUACGAGAACAACGACCACUUCCAGGCUCUUCCCUCCUACGGUGUUGUCCCCUGGUUCAACACUGCUACUCCCUGGAACAUGGACGACAUUGUCAAGAACUUCUCCCCUAUGAUGCUGUUGCACGGUGAGCAGUACAUGGAGGUCCGCAAGUUCCCCAUCCCCACCACCGCCAACACCUUGACCUACCCCAAGCUCAUCGACGUUGUCGACAAGGGCAACGCCGCCCUCGUUGUGGCUGGCUACACCACCAAGGAUGCUAAGACCGGCGAGGACCUGUUCUACAACGAGUCAACCGUCUUCAUCCGCGGCAGUGGUGGCUUCGGCGGCUCCCCCAAGCCCACCGUUCCCCGCGCCAAGGCUGCCACCGCUGCCUACAAGGCUCCCCAGCGCCAGCCCGAUGCCGUUAUCGAGGAGAAGACCUCCGAGGACCAGGCUGCUCUCUACCGCCUGAACGGCGACCGCAACCCCCUCCACAUCGACCCCGAGUUCAGCAAGGUCGGUGGCUUCAAGACCCCCAUUCUCCACGGUCUGUGUUCUCUUGGUGUAUCCGCCAAGCACGUCUUCUCCAAGUUCGGUGCCUACAAGAACCUCAAGGUUCGCUUCGCUGGUGUCGUCCUACCCGGUCAGACACUCAAGACGGAGAUGUGGAAGGAGGGCAACACUGUCCUCUUCCAGGCCACCGUCGUUGAGACUGGCAAGCCCGCCAUCACCGGCGCUGGUGCCGAGCUCCUGGAGGGCGCCAAGGCUAAGCUGUAG